CUCUAAACUUGCGUGGAUUGUGCAAAUCAAAACAAAACCGUUGGCGGGGAGAAUUAAUAAUAAUAGUAAUAUGUCUAACGCCGAUAAGAUAAUAACGACUUAUAGUGGGCGCCAUCGUUGACCGUAAUGAAUAUUCGUUGGGACGUUUUCAAAUUUAUUUCCAUCAGUCUGUCGGUCGUCGAACAACGCUGUGAGUGGACCGUCUGCCAGUUGCCGAUAAUAAUAUAUUUUAAUAUUAUUUAAAGAGCUUUAUUUGGAGUUAUUUGGAAUACAAUAAUUCGGAACCGAUUUUUAAUAAUUGUUCCAUGUAACACUUAUAUAUAUAUAUAUAUAUUUAUCAUAUAUCCACUUAUAUUUACCUGCCUAUUUUUAAAUAUAUUAUUCGAAUCAAUCAAGUGCCUAAAAACAUGGAAUCACCAUCUGUGAUAUUGAAGACGAAUAAACGUUAUUUCAUCGAGGACAAAUUUCUAAUCUUUAACUGUUUCUACGAUCAAAAGAAAAUUAGACCAUGGCUUAAAGAUUGGAUUGGACUAUACCCGUGUGAUAAUGUAAAACUAUACGAACCAUUGAUAUUUGAAUAUGUUAUGGACCAUCCAAGGGUAGAUAGUAGUUGUUUUAAAAUUAAAUUUGUGCCCCAACUUUUUGCUAAAUCCAUUCAUUGUUCUGGUAAAUACCAGUUUGUGUAUGUGGAUUCCUAUUUCAAGGUUAUUGCAACUAGUGAUCCAAUUCAAUUUGUGCAUAAGAAUGAUUGUAACUGUAACAAUUCUCUUGGUCAAUCAAAUUGUAUGGAGCACAUAAAAAUAGGACGGGAUAUUAAUUCAGUAGUUCAGCGUUUGAAGUGUCUUGAAGCAAGAUUACUUGAGUUUGAAAAAGGUAAACAAGAAGCCAUGCAGCUUAAUGAACAGCUUGUAAAAAAAUUGAAAGCAUGUGAAAUGCUUAGAUCUAGAGGUGAACAAUUUAUUGAUGGCCUUUAUAAAGCACUUGAUCAAGGAAAACUAGUGAAGUUAACAAACUCUAAAGGACAUACACGUUGGAUCAAGCGAAUGCGAACUACUGAAAUAAGAAACCAUGUUAUAUCUACCAAAAUAGUCAGAAACGAAGUAUAUUUAACAGCAAUCAUAAAUACUCAAGAACAAGAAAUACAGAGAUUACGUGCCAUUAACAAUGAGCUUAUUAAUACUAAUACAUAUUUAAAGUAUUACAAGCAGCCUGGCCAAAUUUAUGAACCACAGAUUACUGAAACCAAUAAUACAGAAGAUGUCACUCAAUUAAAAUAUUCUAGUAUUGAAUCAAUUUCUUCUGCAGAAGUCAAAUUUAUUGAUGACUCAGAGUUCAGUGAUGACUACUGCGAAUAAAUAUUCUAGCCACCUACACAUUUUGUCCGUUUAUAUAUUUUUUAAUCGACUUAUUUGUUAUUCCUGUUAUUGAUUUUAUAUUUUAGUGCAAAUACAGUAUUACUAUU